AAGGGUGCCGACACGAACACCUUGCCUCCAAGGGUGCCUCCAAGGGUGUCGACACGAACACCUUGCUUCCAAGGUUGCUGAUACCGACAACUAGCCUCCAAGGUUACCGACACGGACACCUUGCCUCCAAGGGUGCCUCCAAGGGUGCCGACACGGACACCUUGCCUUCAAGGUUACCGAAACGGACACCUUGCUUACGACAUUCCUCUCCCCUUUAUGGCACGGGCCCCGGAAAUCCAAGGCCGUCUGUUUUCCGGCACAAGGUCUGGCGACCAUGGCCUCCUCCUACGCCCUUCUACCCAGACGUCGUCUACGCCAUGUCCCGGUGGCCUUUCCCAAACAAACGCUGACAUUGGUUCACAGCAACCACCUAGACAAGCCCGAGAGGACAUGUGAGAGGAAUACACUGCUGGCGUGUGAAGAGCUUCCAGCAUUUGAGGGUGGCUUGUCAUUUGCCAUGCACUUAUUGAGACACGUGGAAUCAUACAACCUACUCAGAAUGCCAAGUCCAGCUCUGAGACAGGCCAUGCGCGAAACCACACAUAGCCGCCGGUACCAUGGACCGAACGCCAGCAGGCCCAGAGUAUUAUGCAAGAUAGCCGCCACAGCGGCGAUCUGCUCUGGGAUCGCCGCCCUCCCCAUGGCCGCCGCGGUCCGGCAUCCACACGCGGCCCUCGACGUGGCAGAGCAUCUUGCCGCCGGGAUCUCAGUCGCGGCGAGCGCAGCGAUUCCACCUCUACGGAGCAGCGACUUCAUUGACAACGGGUACUGGGCCAUGGCCUACGCGGCCUGGGGCACGGCAGUGUCAGUGUUGUUCGUCCUAGAGCUCAUGCAACGCCCCAAUAACCUGCAGCGGAGGCUGUUUGGAGGAACCGUGCUCUUCUCGACGCUUAGUCUUCUCGGCUCGCUGUCCCAGAGCGCAGAGUCGACAAUCGAGGGAGUUCUCAACUGGUUCCCGAUGGCCUUUGCCGCCAGCUUAUGCGUCGUUCCUGUCCUGAUGGAUGCCGCGGACCCGCAGGCGGCUGCCGAGAUGGUUGCAAAUCUGGCUGGUGUCUACGUUCGAAGAGACAUCUAUGAACAUGACCGGAACUUGAACUGAGGGCCGAUUUAUCGGGAGAACGGUUUUAAUUUUCUUUCCUCGGAACUUGUACGGGAGUCCGCCUCCGCCUAAGUGGAACAAAUAAUUCCAUAGGUUCUAUGCGUAUUUAGUUUGCAUUUUCAUCUAUCCCUUGCCGGAGUUGUCAUGUGGCCCUAGUAUAACAGAAAAAGAACGCCACCGCGUUAGAAAAAGUUGGGCAUGUAUGCCAAUAUCAUGGUCGCCCAAGAGAAAAAAGGAAAGAAAAGUGUCGCCCAUAUUUGAGCCACUUUAACCCCCCCUUCAAGCCACAGUCGACUUCGUCAUCUCACGUUCUAACAGAACAAUAGGCGGCGGAGGCGGCGGCAGGAGGCGCAGGGCAACAGGGUCUAUAUAAGGGAGCCUUCGGCUUCGUUCUCUCAACCUUUCGUCUAGCCUAAAUAGACAAUUCAAUGCGCUGUCAUCUUCGAUCAUAAGCAACA